CUUGCACAUUGCCUUGCCUUGCUCCAUCAGUGCUCCUCUUUUACCUCGUAUUCAUCAUCACUUUGUUAUUCUUUAACUCUUUCACCAACGUGUGUCUGCCUUUGUUUGCCUUUGUUUGCCUUUAACCUUGGUCCUCAUUUCUCUGCACGUUGGUUCAUCCGAGCACUCUUCCGGUACCAGCCGACCCUUUUAUUUUUAUUUUUAUUUUCUCUUCUUCUCUUUGCGCAUGCUGCCAGUAACAUCGUCAGCCGACACUGCGGCUUCUUUUAAGGUUCCUACACUUUUCGCCAGCUCUUCUUUUACUUCGACUUUCAUCCCUAUUCUUUCUCCAACUUCCAAUGCAACAAUUCCAUCGUCUAAUCUCACCGCCACUAAAGCUAUUACAACUAAUUCAGUUCAAACAGGAAACAAAACGACCAUAAAUAUCCCUUCUGAUACCACUAACACUACCAUGUCACCUCCUAGUGCUCUCAACACUCCACCUCCACUUACGCUACCUACACCGCCUUCACUCCACAUCAACACAUCAAAGACCACCGUUUCCUCUACUUCUGAAGCUAUCCGUACACACACCUACUGGACUGGGUUCUACAAAAAGACUAUUAAAGAGCGUCGUACUCAACUUGGACUUGCCUUCCCGCAUCUGUCGUGUCCUACGUCUUUGGAUUCCUUCGCUUCUACCCAGAACUCUACUAAAACCUCCAGUGUAUCAACGCCAAACCUGGAACCAACAGUGGCAAUGGCAGCAGUCUCUAGUCCCAUGAUCGAUAUUAUUCCUUCUACUGCACCUUCACCACUAUCAGCAUCAUCCUGUACGGCAACGCAGAUCAUACCACGACCAUUGUCCGUCCUUCGUUUAUCCCCCACAAUGUUAUUCCCUGAAAAUACAAGCACUGGUAAUCACAUUGAGAACGAUAAUAUCAGUGACGAAGAAAACAGCACUAGCAUCAACAGUAAGGAUGUCAACAUUGCUGACAAUGAUAAUAUUCUCGACACCACAACCAUGUAUCACACCUCUCAACCCCAACAGCAAGAGCAAAGUCAAUUGCCGAAAGAUAAGAAACAAGACAAAAGAAGAGCUAGUAAUCUAGUGGAUCAUGGAAGCAACAACCAAUUUUUACAACAGCAGCCCUCUGUACUUUAUAGUUUAUCCGGUGGGCAGUAUACAGAAGUAAAUGAUGAAGAGCGCCGUGCUCUUGCGCUAGAAUUGGCUCAAGGGCAAGAAGAUGUUUCCGUGACGGAAGAAGAGCGUAGGGAUCAAUUUGAGAAAGAGAGAAAGGCGACUGUGAUCACUAACUUGCAAGAGCAGCGUAAGAUGAUUGGAUCUCCAAACCAUGGCCUGUUAGAAGGUGACCUGUCCCUAGAUGCCAGAUUAGAUGCUAUCAUCGCUACUGAACGUGAUGGAGCGGUGUUUCCGAUCUAUGGUCUGGAUGAAGAGAUUGCGAAUAAUAUGAUUGAAAACUGUAUAGGCACAAUGGGGCUUCCUUUGGGUCUAGCUUUUAACUUUACCAUCAAUGGCUCUCCAUUGACGGUUCCAAUGGCAAUCGAAGAGCCCUCAGUUGUUGCUGCCGUAUCAAGUGCGGCGAAAACCAUUUCUGCCUAUCAAGGAUUUCAAGCUUGGGCUCCUGAGCGCAACAUGAUUAUCGCCCAAGUCCAAUUGUUAGACAUCUUGGACCAGGAUAUGGACCAUGUCAUACAAAAGAUGAAAGACCAUGAACAGUAUAUCUGCAGAGAAGCGAAUGAAUACUGCACCAAUAUGGUAUUACGAGGCGGCGGCGUCCAGCAAGUCACCUUUCAUCGUGUGAGAAGACACAGGACGAAGGAUGGUUUUAAGGGACAGGACUUGUUAGUAAAAUAUGGGAUCAUUCCUGCUAGUAGCCUACCUGCGAGAGACUCUAAGCCAGGUAGUAGUGCUUCUAUCCCUCAAGGACGUUGUUCGGAAUGGCUAGUGGUGCACUUGCAUAUUGAUGUAGGAGAUGCCAUGGGCGCCAACUGCGCCAACACAGUUGCUGAAGGGAUUGCUCCUUGCUUGGCUAAGUUGAGUGGUGGUCGUGUUGGGGUUCGAAUCCUAAGCAAUUUGAAUGUUGACCGAGUUGCCAAGUCAACGUUCCGCUUGCCAUUUUCACAUAUGGUUUAUAAAUCUUUGCCAGGCAAGGAUGUCGCUGUUCGGAUCUUGGAGGCUUACGAAUGGGCCGAGCUAGACCCAUACCGUGCAGCCACUCAUAACAAAGGGAUCAUGAACGGGAUUGAUGCUGUUGCUCUAGCCACAGGUCAGGAUUGGCGAGCCAUUGAAGCUGGAGCACAUGCAUGGGCAAGCGGUGCAGGAACCUACUCUGAACACUCUUCAGAUACAGGCACAUUCUCAAGCACAGACACAGAGGUUUCUCAAACCAACAGCGGUAAUGACGGCCACGGCAUCAAAAGAAAGGCACGGGUAUCAACAGAGGAAGCUUUACAGGCCAAGAUCUUCAGAGGCGAUGCCUACAAGCCUCUAACGCGAUAUUGGAUCGAAGAAGACGAAGAUCGAGUACGGCAAGGAUACAAGGGUCAAGAUGCCUUGGUAUUUUGCGGAGAGCUCAAAAUACCUAUCAUGGUCGGUACCAAAGGUGGCGUGCUUAGCACGAAUCCUGUUCAUGCCUUCGCCCUUGGGGUGAUGCGAUACCCAGACUCGAAGCAGCUUGCCAUGGCGAUGGUGACAGUAGGUUUAGCUCAGAACUUUGCUGCGCUGAGAGCCCUUGCUACAGAGGGGAUCCAACGAGGACACAUGUCGCUACAUGCUCGCAACAUUGCCAUUUCCGCAGGGACGCCUCCUGCCUCAGUAGAAGAAGUUACAGCUUUCAUGGUUGACAAGGGCAAGAUCCGGAUCAGUGCUGCGAAGUCUUACCUAGAGGAGCGUGGGAUUUCACUCUAUAAUAGUGACACCGGCUCAAAUAGUAGCAAUACCAGUCCGGGAUCCGGGAUUAAAAACGCACAACGUGCACAUCUCAAUUAGAAGC